UAUUUUGCCUAAGCAGUGGCCACGCUCUCACUACGAGCCCCUCCCAGACGGUAAAUCUGGACGCUCUCCGUCACCCGGAAAUAGUUCUACCGUCUUGUUGAUGUCACCCGCCCCAAGAAAAAUGGCAGAGUCGGAGGAAGAGGUGGAUGUCUUGGUUCAGAGAGUUGUGAAAGAUAUCAACAACGCCUUUAAGAAGAACCCCAAUAUUGAUGAAAUAGGUUUGAUACCAUGUCCGGAAGCCAGGUACAACCGAAGUCCCAUCGUGCUGGUGGACAACAAGCUGGGCAUGGAGAGUUGGUGUGUCAAGUUCCUUCUACCUUUUGUGCACAACAAACUUUUGUUGUACCGGCAGCGUAAACAAUGGCUGGAGAGGGAGGCAUUGAUCGAUAUCACCUGCACACUGCUGCUGUUGAAUCCAGAUUUCACUACUGCAUGGAAUGUCAGGAAGGAACUGGCACAGUGUGGGGUGCUGAAUCCUGAGAGGGAUCUGUACCUGGGCAAGCUGGUCCUCACCAAGUUCCCCAAGAGCCCAGAAACCUGGAUCCACAGGCGCUGGGUGCUGCAGCAGGUCCUGCGACAGUGCCGCCCGCAUGCCACGGAGCAGAAGGAGCCUGGAGAGGUGGAGCUUGGUGGGGCACAGGGCUCGCCCCCCGACGAGCGUCUCCAGCGGGUGCUGCGGCAAGAGAUGAAGGUGUGCGCCGAGGCUGCCAGCCGGUACCCCAGCAACUACAACGCCUGGUCCCACCGCAUCUGGGUGCUGCAGAACCUGGCCAUGGGCAACCUGAAGAUUCUUCAUGAUGAACUGUCUUCAAUGAAGCUCUGGGUGUCCACGCAUGUAUCUGACCAUAGUGGUUUCCACUACCGUCAGUUUCUGCUGAAGGCGCUAGUGGCGGAACUGGGCCAAGCCGCGGACGCCUCUUGUGGCCCAUCGCAGGAUCCGCACCACGGCCACUGGCCCAACGGCGACGGCGCCGCUGCCGCUGAAGAAUCCCGGACAGCCAGCAUACCCGAACUCUUUGACAAGGAGCUGGAGUUGUGCACUGACCUGAUUGAGACCUACCCGGGUCACGAAACGCUUUGGUGUCACAGGCGACACGUCUUCUUCCUCUGGUAUCACUGGAGGAAAGAGCAGUCCCAGGAUGGUGGACGACAGCCAUCUCUCCUCAAUCACGCUGAUGAAACACUCAGUGGUUCCCUGGGAGCCAGUGCAGGUAGGAAUGUCCAAGCCAUGGAUGUAGACUCGGCACUGGAAGACAGCAAACAGACCAACUACACCCAAGACAGCAAGCGUCUAAAACGGGGACCCAUGCAGCUCUGUCCCGGGCUGCCUUCUGAACACAGCUUUGUCACCAAAAUCCUCAGCGGCUGCCGGAGCCCCGAGCAGGGCCGUUUUGCCACCGCCUACAGGAAGUGGCUGGACUCUGUGAUAGGUCAGUGACAUCUCAAUUCUGAAACCCAAUAGGUCAUGUCUGUAUCACCCACACUGUGAGGCUGGGUGUCCAGGCCUCGUUUUCCCCUUCAUAAUGAAAAUUGGAUUUUCAGUUAAAGGUCUGCCUGAUGCUACUUGUCACUCAGAUCAGGUACUUCUGUAACUCAGGUCUCUCUCUGUCCCUGAACAAGGUUUCGCCUCAUCAGCUGAGUCGGUCGUACAUCAUUCUCUCUCAAAUAACAUAUCAUGUGAACCUUCGCCUUUUAAGUGACUCGGUCUUCCAGACUUUAUCCGCUUUAACUCCUAAUUAGACAGUACAUCUCAUCAACAUUUCAGUAGACAUUUGAAUACCUGAUGAAACAAAUGUCUUAAUACAAAUUAAUGCUAUUGACAGCGUUGAACAAUUUAUUUAUGAUACAGCUGUCAUGUUUUGUUACAACAUGUAUCUAACGAAUGGUAAGUCCGGUAACUACUGGGACCUGUGGAAAUAAUGGAUGUACUGUUAAAACUACAGUGAGAGUCUUCCGGUAGAUGGAACAGAAUGAAAGGUGACAGCGUCAGCAUUUAGCUUGAAUGCCUUCCUUUAUGGCUUUGCAUUUGUCUGGUUUGCGUUUUUGAAUGUGGUUGGGGGUUCGGCUGCAGAUGACCAAACGUAAGCACACUUCUCCAGAGCCAGUAUUACGCUUAUGGUCAAUGUAUUGCUGUCAGUAACGGAACGCUAUGAUAUGACAGUCUGGUGUUUAAGCACAACUAUUACUGUUCACCCGCUCAUUUAAAAAAAAAAAAAAAACCUCUCAGUUCGGUCACCGGUUCUCAUUCUGAAGGGGAAUUUUCAGUCUUAAGCAUCUGAUCAUGCAACAUGCCGCCACGCUAACAUUGUUCUUACGACUGCUGUUCUGUUGUUUUGUUUUCUUAUAUAACCAGUGUAUUUAUUUGUGUUCAUGCUAACAGAGUUUAAUUUUGGUUGUAUGUUACUUUACCUGCCUUGUACUCAUUUGAUUGCUAAAUCUGUGCUUCCAUGUGGCACUUGUCAUUAGUGGCUGCGGAAACAAGGAGUGGUUCUGUGAAAAUAAAGGCAAACAUGAAUAAACGGAUUUCAAAGAGUAAAGUGAAAGUGGGAAUACUCCUUCCAUAGCACUUCGGCUCUGCCGCGGCAGUAUCGUUUUCACACUGUCAGGACGUACUGUACGGCAAAUGGGGAAGGACACACUAAUUUGUUCAGUGGUCAUUUGUUUUGUUCUUGUCAUGAGAUAUUUUGUUUUCAAAUAUGGAUGUAAUGUUAUUAGUGAUACUAAUUAUACAGUUUUGCAAAAACUAAUUUUUUUUCUUCUUUUGCUGAUAUGUAUUGGCAAUACCUCAGGUCUGUGUGUGUGGAGUGAGUGGUGUGUCGACUGGGUGAACUUUUAAGUGGUCAAUCCCUCUCAGAGCUCAUUUCUUCUUGGGGUUUUCUUCCAGUUACUUUGUGUGCAAAUUUUAAACUCACCGGUUGCACAGAUGAGAAGUUUCUGUCUCACAAGUAGCCCUGCUGAGUUCUGAAUCUUAAGCACUAAAAUGCACCGCAUCAUAAAUCACUGCUAAGUCAUAGUAAAGUGGCCCCUUAAAACAGUCAGUGUCACUUACUCUCCCCUCCAUUUCUAUAGUAUUAUGAUCUCUGGGAGAUGGCGCGGGUAUGUGGGGGGCAGGUCAUGCAGGCCUCAGGGUUGUAAUUUCCCUGGAAAUUGCCACCACAGCUGUAAUGAAAUACCAAAACGAGAGGAAGAGCAGUGUCUGUUUGCCCUGCUCUGGGAUUCGAACCCGCAACCUUCUGUUUCUUUGCUAAUGACCAGACACAAAGUAAUAUAUUAUUUUAAUCUGGAUUAUAAAAAAAUAAAUCACUUGGUUCAAAAAACUGCAACACAAAUGAAAACCAAGUAGAGGAGUGAUGUAGCUGGUGGGGUAAUUUUAUUUAUAUUUCAGGGUUUCACCUGUUACUUGUUGCCAUCAUGAGUACAUUUUGGGUGUUUCUGUCAACAUUUUCUGUUCUCUGUUACAAAUGACCAUGUGUAGAGAAGGUGAACAUUACGAACAGGAGCCCUGGUUGCUAAUUCUGUUAGUAGUAGUUUGUGUGGUAGUUGCUUCAAUGCUUUUUAAUUCAAUGCCUAUGAAAUAUGUAUCUAUUUUGAGUACAUGUGCACUUUGUAUACAAAUGAACCCAGGUACAAUUAUAUUUGGUUGAAUUUAGACACUGUGGGUCAGUACAAAGAUUGUACCAGUAAUGUUGGUGAGCUGCAGUUCAGUUUAAUGUAGGUUAGCUUUCUGGUGUUGGAACAAGUUCAUUCUGAUAACACACGUACCUGGCAUAAUUUGAUACUGAAUGGUAUGGACUUGUGAAAACCAUGCUGUAUUAACAAACACCUACAAAAAAAAAACAAACAUUUCAGUGUUGGCAAAACGGCAGUCUUGGAACAGUUCUCAUGGUUGAAGAUUGGCCUUAACACAAACUGACAUGGAGUCCUUGUAUAGAAAGAAUGGCAUCGUAUACAUGUUCUCCUCGGUAACUGACACACACUGUACAUUAUGACAUUGUACAUUGCAUACACUAUGUGCUUAUAACUUGAACCAUCAUACAAUAAAAUGUCUGUACCUUUCUAUUAUGAAACAUACUGUGCAUUGAACCUCCUUGUAUGUUCCGUAUGUUACAUUCUGCUAACGUUCCAAAAGGGAAGGAUUAAAGUUUUUGUUCUAUUUUCUGUAACGAUUUUUAAAAAAGAUCAUCUGUUAUUUCUCCUGUUGAAUGUUGUCUUACGAACUGUGACUUAACUUAAGGGACCCAGAGAAUUACUAGUACUGGAAAUUUUCCAAGACUCCAUAUCUGAUUUAAUUUGCCAUCUUUCAGUUGUAUACCUCACUCCACUCAAUUAUUCCUUUUUAUGUAAUUAGCUUAAUUCUUACCGGUGAAGAAGGGCAUUGAUGGGGGGGGGGGGAAGUAGUAAGUGAAUAGGGUGCAAACAGGGUUAGCUGAGUGGGUGCUAGAACGGACAUCUCCCUUGGUUUCUGGGAGUGACAGAAAGAUGACUGGUGAAAGCAUGUGGCUGCAAUGGAUGAGGGUUAUUAUAAAGAACUGAAUAGCCUUGAAUACAUUUAGUAAAUGAGCAGCUCUGUGUAAGUGCUUCAGUGUUUCUUGGGUUUAAGUGACAGCAGGUGUUGCAUCCGUGUUGUCAGGAGUUGUUGCAGACAAACGCGAGCGCUUAUGUGGAACAUUACGCCAUGGCAAUAUGUAGCUAUUAAUUGGCCUUUUGCAUUCUUAUUUAUUUUUUUAAAGAUGUUUUUAAACAUGGGCUUGGUUUUAGAAAUACACUUGAUUUGAAAUGCAGCCUUAGUUUAAAUGUCGUGCACUGUGCUGUGAGUGGUUACCCAGAUGCUAGUGAUCUUUUGAGGGCUUCCACCUAAACACUAAGCUGUUAUAUGCUUUGUUUAGAGAAAUACAUAUAUAUAUCUAUAUAUCUAUAUAAUUAAAGUAUAUUUAAAAAGGCAAUCAUUGGAUUUGUCUUACUGUGUUUUUGGGAGAAUUCUUGUUUUGACUAUUAAACCAAGCAAAAUAUUGUAGUACCAAAUUGUCUUUCUGCAAUUCACUUUUAUUAAUCAAAAAUGCUUUCUUGUGUCUCAUUUGUGAAACUAACACAAGCAUAUCCAUUUUACUACUUUAAGGGUGUGAUAACACAUACCUUAUUAAAUUAAAUUGUAAAUCUAUGCAGAAAUGUUUCUUUAAUGAAGGUUUUUGAGCUUAAAAGCAAAUGUAGCUUUUGUAGAUUUUCAUUUUGUAGAAUUCCAAUCCCCAUUGUCGCAGCCCACCCCCUCCCCCCUUGAAUAUAAAUUUAUAAUAGGAAAGGUGUUCAUAUUCAUAAUGUCUUAUCUGUAAUUUUGUAUUUUAGACUAAUACAUUUUAAAACCACUUUUUUCACCUUUGCAGGUCUUUCAUGUACAACUUGCUUACCGAGUGAAAAAAUAAAGUUCUAAAAUAUACUUUGUUUUCUUUCCCCAAAGUUGUGAAUUCCUUCGUCAUUUGAAUAUUCCAACUUGAGAAUUUGUUCAAUAAGCACAUAUAAUGAAUCUCUUCUUGCCUGUUGCACAAAAACUCACCUUACACAAUGUACUGUAUUCUCUCAAUAAACUGAAUUACUGACCAUG